AUGUCGGAAAAUUUCUAUAGAAGUAUGACUGAUAGGCCAGAACUAAGAAGUCUAGAAGAUUUUGACAUUGACAUAUAUUGUGCAAAUGGACAGGAAGUGCCUUAUAGUGGUGAUAUAGAGCUAGGUGUAAAAGUUCCGUCAUUAAGUGACGAAGAAGUUGUUGCUCUAAUUUUGAUUAUACCACAAACAGAAUACAACCAAAGAGUACCGGUUAUUAUAGGCACAAAUCUAAUUCGUGAGUUUUCAAAACUAAGUAAAGAGAAGGAAGCUGAUACUUUUCCAAAUGAAUGGAAAGAAUCAUUUGAUGUACUAUCGGAGACCACAAUUGGUAAAGUUAAAGUCACGAAAAAGAUUACAUUGUUACCAAGGGAAACCAAAACUGUAACAGGUUUCAUACGCAAGCAGAGAAAUGUAGAAUCAGCUGUAACAGAAUGUUUGGAUGAUAUAAAUUCUACAUCUGCUGUAGUCUGUCCACGAGUUGUCUCGUUGAAAAAUCCCGGUAGAACAUCACGUGUGCCGGUACGGCGGUUGUGCAACAUCAGUGCUAAAACCAUGCACAUAACAGAAAAAAUAUAUAUUUGCGAACUGCAGGAAGUCACUGUGCUUAGAAGUAUGCCGAUCAUUGACAAUCGUUCAAUAUUAUCUGAUAUUUCAGAAACAAGCAAAUCCUCUUCUUCUCCUCCAACAAAUCUAUGUCAUCAGUCUGAAUCUGAAAAAGAUAACAAAGCCAUGAGUGAUAAAGAAUUUAAUAAAACAUUUGGUGUCAAUCUUGAAAAUGUUAAUUUGUCUGAAGAACAGAAAAUUAAAGUACAAAAAUUAUUUCAGAAAUGGAAUGGCAUUUUCCCUAAAUCAUCCACAGAUCUUGGACACACAUCAGCCGUAAAACAUAAGAUUGAAUUGUUAGAUGAGAAACCUUUUAAAGAGCCAUACAGACACAUACCACCAGCGAUAUUUAACGAAGUGAAAGAACAUCUCCAUGAAGUGUUAAAAGUCGGUGCAAUUAGGAAAUCUAAUAGUCCAUGGUCAUCAAACUUUUUAUCAGUUUAUACUAUCAAUCCGACAUGUUUUCUUCUACACACAAGGAAUCCACAGACAUGUACGGUUCUUGAAAGUCGUUGCCGAAAAAUCAACCAACGGACCAAGAGAGAUGCCUAUGCACUUCCACGGAUAGAAGACACUUUGAAUUGCCUCGCCGGAUCAAAAUAUUUUUCAAAACUGGACUUGAAAUCAGGAUACUGGCAGGUAGAGCUAGAUGAACGAGAUAAAGAGAAAACAGCCUAUCAGGCUGGGAUUCUACGAGUAUUCCCAUAUAAUGACCGACUUGAUACAGUGUUUGAACGUUUGGCUCAGUACAACCUGAAAGUAAAUCCGAAGAAAUGUGAAUUUUUCAAGAAGAAAAUAACUUAUCUUGGGCACAUAGUCUCAGAAGAUGGCAUCCAGGCAGAUCCUGUAAAGGUAGAAGCCGUAAAAUAUUGGCAUAUUCCUAAAAAUGUGAAGGAUGUUCGGAAAUUUUUAGGAUUCGCAGGAUACUACAGGCGAUUCAUCAAAGGCUUUGCAUCCAUAGCACGACCUUUAAACAAUUUUCUUAUUGGAAAACCUGUAAAUAGAAAGAAAACAUCAAAAUUGUCAAAAUCAACAAACACAGUUCAUUUUAAAUGGGAAAAGGAACAACAGGAAUCAUUCGAUUUAAAGAGAAACUUAUCAACCCGCCUGUACUUGCAUAUGCCAGCUACGAUCUGCCGUUCAAGGUGCACACGGAUGCUUCAUCUUCUGGUCUUGGAGCCGUCCUCUAUCAACGCCAAGAUGGAAAAGACAGGGUCAUUGCUUUUGCGAGUAGGAGUCUCAAGCCUGUGCGGAAAGGAAUUAUCCGGCUCACAAGUUGGAAUUUCUCGCCCUAAAGUGGGCGGUGUCAGAGAAAUUCCACGACUACCUAUAUGGGGCGAAGUUAGAGCUUGUGACGGAUAA